AAGAAAUACGAAACAUGUUCACAAAUUGAAAGGUUUAAUAAUUUCGAGGAGAAAUUCAAUUACUAUAAACCGGCAUCGUAUGCAACAAAAAUUACUAUACAUAUACUUAAGUCGUAAAAAAGUGCCACGAAUUAUGGUGUUGCAAUGGUGCGAUAGUCCAUUUUAAGACUUAGAAUUACGCAAAGGACCGCGAUGAAUGACACGAGUACAACAAUCGAUAAGUGCAGCAACUAAUCGCGAGCAGUAUGGGGUCUGAUUAUCUGAUAGCUGCCGCUAUUUUACUCGCUACCAUCAACGCCAGUUACGCAGAAUGUCAGACAAGGUCUGUCUACUGCUACCAGUGCGAUUCGUGGACGGAUCUCAGAUGCAAGGAUCCCUUUAAUUACACCGCCUUGCCCCGUGAUCAACCACCUCUAAUGACGUGCAAUGGAUGCUGCGUCAAGAUGGUCCGCAAUGCCAAGUCACCUUACGAAAGCGUGAGGAGAACUUGUACGUCGCAACUACAGAUAAACUUGUUUAUGGUGGACCACGUGUGCAUGAUGGAAAGUACCGGCACUGGUCACAUGUGCUUCUGUGAGGAGGAUAUGUGCAAUCGAGUCGGAAUCUCCUCUCUCCCGUCCCCCAUUCUCCAAGCAAUCCUCGUACCUCUCGUUACACUCUCCAUCCUAAGAUCAGCUCCUGCAGGCUUGCUUAGUAGGUCGCUGUGAUGAUGAACCAUAUACCUAUAGUGACACUCAUAUAUACUUACUUAUUUACUUACUUAUUUACUUACUUGUUAUUUAUAUUAUACCACAUGAAACUUCACCAUUCAGUAGUAAAGCGAACGCAUAGCCCUGUAGUGAAAUUAUAUAGAACUAAUGCAAGGGCUUGCUUGACAUUUUAGAGAAUAGAGGUAUGUGAACGUUGAUUGAAGAGAUUAGAUGAGGUGCGAUGCGGAAUG